UGUUUCUUCUGUGAUAUCUCCAUUAUUAGAAGUUACUAAUAAAUCUUAAACAAUGUAAGAAAUAAUUCUGUGUUAAGAGAACUACCUAUGGCUAUCAUGAGAAUGGAAGGAUAUAUGAACUUGUCUCCUGUUAUGUCUUGGAGUUUUGCAGACAUCUAAUGAAAUUAAUUCAGAUUCAGAGAAAUUGAGUCAACUUCAGAAAAUCAUCCAUCAGCAGCAGAAUAACUUUUCCCAGCAGCUGAACAACUACAGGAACUUUCCCAUGGAGGAGGAAUUUCUCAAAGCCCAGAUCUCCAAUCUGUUGAUGACUCAGGGACAAAUAGCCAUCAAACUCUGCCGAGAGUUAAUCAUUCACACUUCAGACCACAGAUGUAAUCCUUGUCCUAAGACGUGGCAAUGGUACCAAAAGAGCUGCUAUUAUUUUGCAACAAAUGAGGAGAAAACCUGGAGUAAUAGUAGAAAAAACUGCAUGGACAAGAACUCCACCUUGGUGAAGAUAGACAGCUUGGAAGAAAAGGAUUUUCUGAAGUCACAGCCAUUCCCCAAGUUUUCCUUCUUUUGGUUGGGAUUAUCAUGGGACCCAUCUGGCAGAAGUUGGCUAUGGGAGGAUGGCUCUGUCCCCUCUCCAUUCUUGUUUGGUACCAAAGAAUAUGCCCAAACCAAUGGAUCCAAAAGAUGUGCCUAUUUUCAAAAAGGAAAUGUUUAUCUUUCCCGCUGCAGCGCUGAAAUUUCCUGGGUUUGCGAGAAGACAGCUGCGUUAGUGAAGAUUGAUGAUUUGGAUUAACAGGCUUCUUCCAAACUCAUCAAAAAGUAGGACUUGUGGUUAAGUUGAUGUGAAAAAGGAGAAAGCUACCCUACCAGAGUCAAAAAACAGAUUAAAA